CAGGAACUGCCCAUCAAUAUAAAGUUCUGCUUUGAGGGAAUGGAGGAGUCUGGAUCAGAAGGAUUGGACGAGCUGGUUUUCUCUCGCAAAGAUACUUUCUUUAAGGAUGUGGACUAUGUCUGCAUUUCUGAUAACUACUGGCUUGGGAAGACCAAGCCCUGCAUUACCUACGGCCUGAGAGGAAUCUGCUACUUCUUUGUUGAGGUAGGAGUUAUUUUCCAAAUAAUAUAUUGGUUUGUGCAGGAGCAAAUUCUGAUGCAUCGUUGGAGAUUCCCAUCCCUUUCUUUGCAUGGCAUAGAGGGAGCUUUCUCUGAGGGAGGAGCCAAAACUGUCAUUCCCCGCAAGGUCAUUGGCAAGUUCUCUAUCCGCCUGGUCCCUGAUAUGGAUCCCAAAGUGGUGGAGAAACAGGUAAUUACCCAUGUGGAGAAGAAGUUUGCAGAAUUGCAAACUCCCAACAAACUGAACGUGUACAUGGGACAUGGAGCCAAGGCCUGGGUGUCUGACUUUAACCAUCCUCACUACAUGGCUGGCAGAAAGGCCAUGAAGACUGUAUUUGGCGUGGAGCCUGAUCUGACCCGUGAGGGAGGAAGUAUCCCGGUGACUCUAACCUUCCAAGAAGCAACCGGCCAGAAUGUCAUGCUGCUGCCUGUCGGUUCUUCUGACGAUGGGGCUCACUCACAAAACGAGAAACUCAACAGAUCCAACUAUAUUCAGGGCACCAAGAUGUUGGGAGCUUACUUCUAUGAAGUAUCUCAGCUUAGCUAACUGGAACGUCUGAUUCAACGUGACUAGACUGGUGUAUUUCUAAUUGUCUGAAGAUGUGAAUGAAAUGCUUGGAUAAGGGUACGGUCUCUAAAAGAAUGCUGCAUCAUACAAGUUUUUUUUUUCUGCCAAGGAUGGCAUACAUUGAGGAAAUGGUGAUAGUAUGGUAGUAGUCUGAGCCAAAUGACCUGAUGAUAAUCUGACUGUUUCAUGCAGUAUCACAUGUGACAUGUAAAAACAACAAUCACUCUUUGCUGCUAGAUUU